AUGGCCACCUCAAACAUCCUCAGCCUCGAGGCUGAAGUCCUUGCGAAUGUGCUCAGGUACAUUGAUGAUGAAUCCCCUUGGACCACAGCAGCGGUGGCUCAAACCUGCAAGUACCUCAACUAUGUGUCUAAGCUUGUCCGCUACCGUCGCCUCACUGUCCGUUGGGACUCUGAACUUCGGACCUGGACUGACCAGUCCGGUCGGAGACAAGAAGAAUGGGAAACGCCCGAACUCCUCCAAGGCUUGCGACAGCUCACAGUCCGUCAGCCCGAUAUCGAUCCGCUGAUCGGGGAAUCCGACGACAACGGUGAUUCAUCCUAUCUCGGAAAAUCCCACCACACAUUUGACCGACUGGAGACUGUGCUCCGCAAUGCCAGCAACUUGAAGACUGUGGUCUGGAACGCUGGCUAUCUGCCAACAAAAGGUGUCGUCGAAGCUUUGCAGGCUCAUCAGCCAAAUGCGAAGUUGGACAUCUAUCGUGGCAAGAGACUCAGCAAUCUACACACCCCCCUGGAGUCCGAGGAGGUGCUCGCGGCAGCGACCUGCCUGAACUCAUUUUCGAUGAGGACUCAAAAGCACACGUGUAUCGAAGACCACCUGCUUUUCCACAUGAUCCUGAGCUCAGCGCCAAACCUGAGGUUUGCCUCGAUAAUCUCUUAUCCCUCGAUGGCGCCGUACAGUCCCCAGGUCACCAAUCUCCGAUACAAUCUCGAAAGCUGGCUUCCACCAGACCAAGGGAGGAAGCCGAGUUCGUCACUUCGUCAUCUCACCCUGGAUGGCUGGGAGAUCUCUGCCGAUUGCUUGGAGUUUUGGUCGCAGUACGUCAACCUCGCGUGCUUAACGAGCUUGAAGUGUAGCAGAGGCCCUCUCCACCAGUCGUAUUUUGAACGCGGCCCCCAAAUGUUGACGAAUUUGAAGAGUCUCAGCAUCAACCUUGCCGCUACGCCUCGGACGGACACAUUCUUAACAGCGGCGCAGAACUACAUUGCCACUUGCCCACCUUUAGAGACAUUGAGUCUCUGGUCGUGGAGAGGAAAAAUGUCGCUGCGCGCUAUCCUUCAUCAACAUGGAGCCACCCUCCAGGAUCUCCAGCUUCACGAGCCCGAAGACAGCACUGGUCUUAGCCUUAGAGAAUCUUUCUCGGCAGAGGAGCUUCAGUCCAUUCGACAGUCGUGUCCUAGACUAGGGAAACUUACGUUUGAUCUGAACAGAGUAUCAUGGCAACUCAGAAUUCAAGAUUACGAUGGCAUAUUGGAGGAGCUCCGCAAAUUCAAGCUCGACCAAAUCCAGAUCUAUUUGGACAGCGGUCUGCAGUGGUUACGGCAGGCGGUCCAGCUGGAACGACAAGGACUUGUUAGCUGGACACCAUUGUUUGAUAUCGUGGACGAUGAGGGACCAAUUCAGUUGGAAGAUGGUGUCUGCCUUUCCAGUGCAUGCACUGCCCACUCUUUUUAUGAAGGUGCCUUACCUUUGACGAUUGAGAGAACAGAUCCAGCUUGGGCCCAUCUUGCCGGAGAUGACGAAUCCUUUACUGUACAACCUCCUUCUUCGCACUGGGACGUCUGCCACUUCCUGGUCAAGGUUUGGAAGACCAUAUUUGGCUCCCACGCCUUGGGUUCCAGACAGAUCGAGCUCAAAUAUGGGGAGUGGGAGAAAAAAUCUUUCCCUCACGAUCUUUACAGGUUCGAUGAUAGAGAUAUGAGACUUUAUUGCCGGGCAAGACCGCAUGAGAGGGACGAUAUGGUCGGCAAAUGCUUUGUCGAAAUGGAUUGCGCAACAUGA